AUGACCGACUCCAACACUCCAGUUGUCGACAAAGUCGCCGGUCUUGGCCCAAAUGUUGCUGAACCGCCGGUCGGAGCUCCUCCAUCGGAAGGACAACCGUAUCUCGCCGUCUGUCCCCCAGCCCCGGCGCACAUGGUCGAGAGGGAUGAAGCUGCCAAGUUUACGGACAAGCCGGCCGACGAGCCACUCGACAGGCCAAUUCCGCCAAUGGAAGAGAAAAAGAUAAACGGCGGUAUUCUUCACAGUUUUGGACUUCCCAAACCUGUCGAGGUCUUAUCUGUCCCAGAGACUCCGGUCAACGGCUCGACUCCCGCAGGAGGAACUCCCAGACCGGAGCUUAAUCUUACCGAGGAACCAGCACCCCCAACACCUGAGGCUCCCAAGGAGCCCGUGAUCGAACCAGUUGUGAUGACAGGUGUCGAGGAGCCGAAGCCCAGUCCAGUAGCUUCUGUACCUGACGAGAAGCCUGCCGCCCCGGCAGAAGAGCUCAAACCCGCGUUGGAGCAAUCCAAGCCUGUGAUGGAAGAAUCGAAACCGAUUGCAGACCCAACUGAGCCAGCUUCCAUAGAGCCCAUCGCAGAGCCCAUCGCAGAAGCCCCAGUCAGCAAGGCUCCUGAACUUGCCGUCAACGACUCUCUCGUCAAUGGAGCCAUGGAUGUCGACACGCCUGAAGACAAACCACCCGCGCCUGUAACACACACUGGUCCCGAAUCAGAGCCAGUUCCUGCUCCGGCUCCUGCUCCUCCUGCAGCGCCUGUUGCCGCUCCUCCGCCUGCGAUCCCGGAAGCGCCCCCCGUCACUAUCGAGCGGUCUGCGCCUGUUCCACCGGUUGAGCCUGAGAGACCUUCAGCGCCGACUGACCCCAUUGUUGGCGAGAAACGCAAGCUUGAGGGGGACAGCGUUCCCGCAGCUGACGCUGUUCCCGCCAGUGUCAAACCUCUGACUGAGGACCGAGCUGCUCCAGUAGAUCCUCUCCCGUUGGACAAAAAGCCCAAACUAGACGAGAGCGUAGUCAACUCGGUUGGAGGGGAACCGGCCAAGGUUGCGGCACCGAUGCCUGACCCAAUUCCUGCUUCAACUUCUACCACUACGUCUGCUCCCGCUCCUGCUCCCGCUCUGGAGGCGACUGAGUCCUCAAACUCGGCGUCCGGUCCGGUUUCAGCAUCGACUGAAGCAUCCAAAGAAGCACCGCAGACGUCUCCCAAAGCUGGUAAUUCCAAGAAGGAGAAGAAGCUCCCGCCCGUAGGUAAAACGCAGCGCAAGACCAGAAGCCAAGGUCCAGCUGAUGUGUAA